AUGUACCCGUUUCGACCUGGGGCAAUUAAUAAUGGAAAAUGUAGUGAAUUAGGAGUUUAUUAUGUUGUUUAUCAAGUAUAUAGUGCAAUUUCUCUUGGUUUAAUUCCACCAAUACUAAUGAGUGCAUUUGGGUUUUUAGCUUAUUAUAAUAUGAAAAAACUACAUUUACGUGUGCGAGCAAUUGGUAAUAAUGGCGAUCAUAAUGGUGGAAUUCAUCGUCAUGAUCGUGAUCUAUUAUUAAUGGUAUUAACUGAAGUGGUUGUUUAUGUUUUGACAGCAACUCCAUAUCCAUUUAUUCUUCUAGAAAUUGCAGUCACAAAUUAUAUGUGUGUUGUUAAAUCUGCUGAACGUGUUGAAAUUGAAAAUUUUCUUAAUUCUAUUACAUUGACACUUUUUUAUCUUACUAAUGGUUCUCCUUUUUAUACAUAUUUUGCUGUAUCAAAAGCAUUUCGAAAAGAUUGUAAGACACUUUUUAUGAGAUGGAGAAAUCGUGUAAUUAGACCAUUAACUAUGAAUCAAAUUCCAAGAGCCAGACAACUGCAAAUAUAA